CUCCUUCAAAAUGUCUACUGUUCACGAAAUUCUGUGCAAGCUGAGCCUGGAGGGUGAUCACUCCACGCCCCCCAGUGCCUAUGGCUCCGUGAAAGCCUACACCAACUUUGACGCCGAGCGAGAUGCCCUGAACAUCGAGACGGCCAUCAAGACCAAAGGUGUGGACGAGGUCACCAUUGUCAACAUCCUGACCAACCGCAGCAAUCCACAGAGACAGGACAUCGCCUUCGCCUACCACCGGAGGACCAAAAAGGAACUCGCGUCAGCACUGAAGUCAGCCCUGUCUGGCCACCUGGAGACGGUGAUUUUGGGCCUAUUGAAGACACCUGCUCAGUAUGACGCCUCCGAGCUAAAAGCCUCCAUGAAGGGGCUGGGGACGGACGAGGACUCUCUCAUCGAGAUCAUCUGCUCCAGAACCAACCAGGAACUGCAGGAAAUUAACAGAGUCUACAAGGAAAUGUACAAGACCGAUCUGGAGAAGGACAUCGUCUCCGACACGUCUGGUGACUUCCGCAAGCUGAUGGUUGCCCUCGCCAAGGGCAGGCGAGCGGAGGACGGCUCUGUCAUUGAUUAUGAGCUCAUUGACCAAGAUGCCCGGGAUCUCUACGACGCCGGUGUGAAGAGGAAAGGGACCGAUGUCCCCAAGUGGAUCAGCAUCAUGACGGAGCGGAGCGUGUGCCACCUGCAGAAAGUAUUCGAUAGAUACAAGAGCUACAGCCCUUACGACAUGUUGGAGAGUAUCAAGAAGGAAGUCAAAGGAGACCUGGAAAACGCUUUUCUGAACCUGGUGCAGUGCAUCCAGAACAAGCCCCUGUACUUCGCUGACCGGCUGUACGACUCCAUGAAGGGCAAGGGAACUCGCGAUAAGGUCCUGAUCAGGAUCAUGGUCUCCCGCUGUGAAGUGGACAUGUUGAAAAUAAGGUCUGAGUUCAAGAAGAAGUACGGCAAGUCCCUGUACUACUUCAUCCAGCAAGACACCAAGGGUGACUACCAGAAAGCGCUGCUGUACCUCUGCGGUGGGGACGACUGAACUGCGGGCUCCCCGCGUCCCCGCUCACGUCCUAGAGAAUCCGCUUGUGACUAACAGACCCCCAGCCACUCCCCGUGAAGACAUGACAGCGCCGCCCCAGCCCCUUAUUGUAGUCACCUCGGGUACCCGGCUUCCCGUCCAGCUUCUCCUUUAAGCCAAAGACGUGAACAUUCCGAAGAGUUGGAAGUGAAAUCUGUGACGUGAGACAAACACUUUUCCUCCUGUGUACUGUGUCAUGAAUAAACUGUUUUUACUUUAGA